AUGGGAAAAACCGAUAUACUUUCUCAAGCUCUACAAAAGAAAUCCCAAGAUAUUCUUAAUGCCAUGGAGUUAGUUUCAGCAACAAAUGAGAGUCUAAAUGAUUUCAAGAACAACGGAUGGGAUUCUUUACUUGAACAGGUAAAAAAAUUUUGUGAUAAACAUCAAGUAGAUAUGCCGGAUAUGAAACCUCCAUAUACUUCUACUCGAUACCGGCCUCGAAAAAAUGAUAAUCAGUUUACUUUUGAACAUUUUUAUCGAGUUGAUUUGUUUACAUCCACAUUGGACAAACAGUUACAUGAGUUGAAUAGUAGAUUCAAUGAUCAGGUGAUGAAGUUGUUAAGUCUUAGUUCUACUUUAGUUUCAAAAGAACACCCUAAAAUGAUAAGUGUUGAUCAGAUUUGUCUUCUUGUUGAGAAGUAUUAUCCUGAAGAUUUUACGGAGCAAGAGAGAAUUCGAUUACGAUAUCAGUUAGAUAUUUUUAAUAUCGAUAUGACAAAGAAUCCCAAGCUAAGUCGUGUAUCAACUAUUGCUGACCUAUGCAAGGGUCUUGUGGAAACUCAGAAACAUGAGACGUAG